CAGCGCAAAAAUUCCAAUAGGGUUUAUAAAGGUUGGGAAAAAGAAGCUUUUUCUAUUUAAUGCAUAUGGCGAGUGUUUUGAGGUAGAACCGGUUUGUGUUUUGGAUUUCUUCGUAUCAGCAGUUUACCAGCGUCAAGGCUACGGAAAAGAGCUUUUCGAGUGGAUGCUUCGGGAAGAGGGUCUAGUAGCUACUGAUCUACCAAUAGAUUCACCCUCCCCAAAGAUGCUCUCUUUUAUGAAAAAGCACUACAAUCAAGACCAUCCCAUUCGCCAAUCCAAUAACUUCGUAGUCUUUCCCGACUUCUUCCUUCACGCCAGCCUAUUUGAAGUUCCACGUCAUAGGAGUUCACGUGGUUCUCUUCCCUCCUCGCUUUCCGUGUCACUUCAUAGUUCCAGAAUUUCAAAUCCUCCAGCACAAACUGUUGAGGCUAAGUAUCCGCCAUUUUCGUCCUCUCCAAUCCAAACUCAAUGUCGUACAUCACUUCCUCCAUGCGCGACACCAGGUUUCGAAUCCCAAAUAGAAUCCACCAAAACAGAAAAUGUCUUUCGAACUCCCAACAUUCAGAAAGCGCUGAAUACCCCGUCGGUCCAAACUCCUAUACCACAAUUGCGAAGUAGGGACGAAAGUGGAUUUCUGAGAGAUGGACCAGCUUUACGAUAUUCCAAACGGAUUAUAGCAACAAAUCCUACAAUGCUAUUCCGAGGCAGCACACCCGUCUCAAGUUCUGAAAUUAAUACACUCAGGCGGUUGAAUGAAAGGCAAACAGGAUAUGAGCAUAAAAGGACUGCGUGGGCUAACAACAGACACACGCGGCUUUGGUGA